AUUGAACUGACUGUCAAUUACAACAACGGUCAAACAUACAUUGUUCUUAUGAGCUAUGAAGUUAACAGACGCAUAGUACCAGUUCCCUCGAAUGUACAGCCUUGCAUCCUUAACUGUAACGGAAGGUUCACUUUCGUUGAUGGAAUGACUGUCUCUUGCACGGUGGACGAUGACCCUACUGGAGAAGGCAUCACCUCCAUAGUGUACAAUGUAAACAACCAGGGACUCUGGUUA